CCCAUGUCAGAUCCUCCUGUUUCAUGCUAGUCAUUAAAUUUCAUUAGUAAAUAAACAUUGCCUGCGGACCAUAAUUGAGAAUGACCAGGACCUACGUGCGUCACUGCUAGUGUGCGUCCCCGCCUUCAACUACGCAUUUGUCGCCCUCCCUGCUUAAUAACGUCGGACGGGUGCUUCCUAGCUCCUAGUCAAACACAGCCACUCUAUCUUACCACUGUCUCCUGUGUUUUGAAGACUCGGGGAUUGUACAGCUAUGCGCCGCACAAUAUAAUCUGCCAUUGUUUAGUGCAGUUUUGCACGCGCUUGUGUUUACAGCAUCUCACGAGCAGCGCGUGGGUAUCGAUUCAGUGUUAGAGCCCUUUCGCUUUCAACCAUGGCAAGCGACGCGCUCCACAGAUUCGUUUGCCUUUGUCGAUACCUACAGGAUCCCUGCCAUGUCGCCAGAUUUCAGCAGCUCUGCGGCGUCCGCGGGACAUUUUCUAAAAAACCAGCCGAAGCUGGAGAGCGUGACGAGGAGCUUGGGGUCAACGGUGCUUGCGUGGGGCAAUGUCAGGGAGACCGCGCGGCUAGUGGGGAUUCAGCACACGGACUUCCGGGCCAAAGGCUGAGAAAAAGUUUAAAUGCUGCUGGAAAUGUUGAACAGGACGAGUGUUCCGCUGCUUUUCUCAACGGACCGUCGGGGCGAGACACAGAGAGGGACUCCAAAGGGACAGUGAAGCCUUUACGCAGGAACUCAUUGACUGGUGAUGUUGGCCAGGAGUUCAUCAUCGAGAACAAGUUUCUCUUCUAUCUCUUCACAAUCGGUACCGAGCUGGGCAAUGAGAUGUUCUUCAUCGUGUUCUUCCCCUUCUUGAUGUGGAACGUAGACCCUUAUGUGAGCCGGCAGCUGAUCGUGGUGUGGGCCUGGGUGCUGUUCCUCGGCCAGUCCACGAAAGAUCUGGUCCGGUGGACCCGUCCUGCCUCUCCUCCUGUGGUCAAAGUGGAGGUGUUCUACAACACGGAGUACAGCAUGCCCUCCACACACGCCAUGUCCGGCACCGCGCUGCCCUUCUGUCUGUUCCUGCUCACAUGCAGCCGGUGGCAGUACCCAUUCAUGUUUGGAUUGAGCAUCGCUCUGUUCUGGAGUGUCCUCGUGUGCAUCAGCAGGAUUUACAUGGGCAUGCACUCUGUCCUGGAGGUGAUCACAGGCUUCCUCUACAGUGUGCUCAUCCUGGUGGUCCUUCAGCCCAUGCUGCAUGACAUCGACACGUUCUACCUGUCCCACAGCUAUGCCCCUCUGGUCAUCCUGCUUCUGCAUGUUGGUUUCAGCUUGGUGGCCUUCUCGCUGGACUCAUGGAGCACCUCCCGUGGCGACACGGCCCAAGCGUUGGCCACAGCUGCCGGAGCCGCGUUGGCAUCCCGCCUGAACCACCAACUGGGUCUGCAGCCAGAUCCCCCCGAAGAAGCUCUCCCACUCACUCUGCCCCUGAUCGACGGGGCCUUAUUGACCCGUUCCAUCAUGCGGCUCCUGGUAGGAGUGGCCGUGCUUCUAGCCGUCAGGGCUGCCAUGAAGGUGGUGGCGAUCCCACUGGCGUGCAAGAUCUUCGGCGUUCCUUUGGAUGACGUGCGGAAGGCUAGACAACACGCGCACGUGGAACUCGCGUACCGGUUUAUGGUCUACGGCACAGUGGCUUACUGCUGCGUUUUCCUGGUGCCACUUCUCUUUGGCUUCCUUGGCUUAUCCUGAAGAAAAUCCCUCCGUUCAGUCUUGUUAUUAUCCGGUUUUUAUCCUAGCUUAACCUAUACAUGACCUGGACUAGUAAAGGUCCACAGUUGUAGUCAAAACAAACUUGGAGAAGCCUUUUGGUUGCAAACACGUUCAUGAUUUUGAUCAUUUCACCAGCUCCAUUUCCAUGCUAAUUUAUUUCACUUGUUUUGUUUACAGAUUUUAUCAAACGGAUACAUUUGAAUAGGGUUUUUGGCACAUUUGCUGCCAACGGUGGGUAAUCGGACAGCUUGAAAGUGAUUGUGUGUGAUGUCAUGAUCUUCAGGACCUGUUCAAAGCUCAUGACUCUUGAACAGUGAUGUUUAUAGCCACACCCAAAAAGGUUUCAAAUGUUUCCUGCAUUUGUCUUCAGUGGUUUUCCCUCAGCAGACUGACAUCCACCCAUCCUGGACUCUUGUGUUUUCUCUCACUCAACAAUACGCAGGAUUGUUUCUCGCUGUACAGGCUUUUUGCCCUUCCCAUCUGUUUUCAUCCUUCUGAAGCAAACUGACCUGAGUGAACACCCUUGUCAGACAUUUGUAUCCUUGUCAUUGUUUUUUCUCAAGGGCUCGUUCUCAUAACAUUUUGUAAUUCUCUGUUCUUUCUAGGGCUUGUUUCUUCUCUCGUGGGUCCAUUCCAGAUCAGUGCUGUGGCCCUAAUGGUUCAUUCAGUGGUUCAGGGAAGACACUCCAAAAUCUGAGAGGUGUAGAAAGUUGCUCUUGUCUAAAAACAGGUUGAGCUCACGCCUCACAAUAAGCGGUAAUGCAUUGAGAGCAUGAGGGGAGGGAACUUCCUGUCAGUAUGAAUGCUGUAUACAGGAACUUCCAGUAGAUGUGUUGCUCUGAAACCCAAGCUAGGAAAAUACCAACCUGAAUAUGAAUGCAGCAUAUCUUUAACAUUGUCUUUGUCAAUGUAUUAUUUAUAAAUAUGUCAGAUAUGUUUUUAAAAAUUACUACAGGGAGUAAGAUUUAUGCAGUGUGCAAAUAGCUCAGUACUCUGAUAUUUUUAAUUUAAAUAAUUACUAUUGGAUUUUUGUAAUAUUUCUGUUAGUGCU